UCCAUCCAGCCAUUCGGUGGUUGGCCACAGAUACAUUCACACGCACACACCACUCUGCUGCAGAUACAUUUUUCGGUGUAUCUGCUGCAUCGCGCUCUCUGCUGGAAAUCAACGCUGCCACUCUGCCACUGCCUCGUGCGUUGCGUCGCGUCGCUCCGACUCGAGUUGUAUGUUAUUUCAGUUACACAGAUUCAGUAUCCGACGUGUUACUAUAGCGAACGGUUCGUUUCACGGCUGGCUCUGCGUCCCAUCUUCGGUGUCGCACACACAGAUACUAACUCUAUAUAUGUAUAUGAAUAUAUAUGUAUAUGUAUGGAUAUAUCUGAUUACAGACGAGCAUAUAGCCGACUUGUUAAAGCAAAUAUUUUUUUUCAAACAAAUAAUAAGAAACGGCGACAGCAGCUAAGUGAAGUGACAAAUCGAGUGGCAGCCCAGAAAAAGCUCCCACAAAAGUGUGCCCGGAAUUCGGUGUGCGGCAUUUGGCCGCAAUCCUUGCAUAGAUCUUUACCAGAUCGUGGCAUAAAUACAGACCCCGUCCCACAUCCACCAUCCAUCGUCCAGCAAGAUGCACACUCUGUUCAGCGAUCAGAACUCCUUCUCCCGGCACUACGCUCAGACGGCCGCCGGCUAUAGUUCGGCCUCUGCGGUGGCGGCGGCAAGCAGUGCCUCAGCGGCGGCAGCCGCUCAUUACGCCUACGACCAGUACUCCCGGUACCCGUACUCGGCCAGUGCCUACGGCUUGGGGGCGCCGCACCAGAACAAGGAGAUCGUGAAGCCCCCAUACUCCUACAUCGCUCUCAUUGCGAUGGCCAUCCAGAAUGCGGCGGACAAGAAGGUGACGCUGAAUGGCAUCUAUCAGUACAUCAUGGAGCGGUUCCCCUACUAUCGGGACAACAAGCAGGGCUGGCAGAACUCUAUCCGGCACAAUCUCAGCCUCAACGAGUGCUUCGUAAAGGUGGCCCGCGACGACAAAAAGCCAGGCAAGGGCUCCUACUGGACCCUGGAUCCGGACUCCUACAACAUGUUCGACAACGGAUCGUUCCUGCGGCGGAGGCGUCGCUUCAAGAAGAAGGACGUCAUGCGGGAGAAGGAGGAGGCCAUCAAACGGCAGGCGAUGAUGAACGAAAAGCUGGCCGAGAUGAAGCCAUUGAAGCUGAUGACCAACGGCAUCCUGGAGGCCAAGCACAUGGCCGCCCAUGCGGCCCACUUCAAGAAGGAGCCGCUCAUGGAUCUGGGCUGUCUCAGCGGCAAGGAUGUUUCCCAUGCGGCAAUGCUCAACUCCUGCCACGACAGCCUCGCCCAGAUGAACCAUCUCGCUGGGGGCGUAGAACAUGCUGGCUUCACAGUGGACUCCCUGAUGAAUGUCUACAAUCCGCGGAUUCAUCACAGCGCCUAUCCGUACCACUUGAACGACGACAAUCUGGCGUCGGUGGCCAGCAGUCAGAUGCAUCACGUGCACCAUGCGGCGGCCGCCCAUCAUGUCCAGCAGCUGCGCCAUGUGGGUCACGUUUCGCAUCCCCUCACGCCCGGCGGCCAUGGAGGCGGCGGUGGAGCGGGCGGGGGACACAACAGUGGUAUUCAAUCCUCGGGACAUUCGCCCACCACGAUCUCAACGCCGCAUGGACCGGCCCAUGGGGGAUGGUACACCCCGGAGACGCCGCCCUCGGAGCCCAUUCCCAACGGCGGGGGCGGUCAGCAAGGCACGCCCACACACCCCGGCCAUCCCAACACCAACCCCAACAGCAACAACAACAACAACAACUCGAGUGUCCACAACAACAACCACAGUCAUAGUCACAGCCACAGCCACAACGGAGGUGGCGCCUCCUCGGUUCUGACGAGCAGUCCGAGUUCCGCCUUGGGUUUCCGCGAUAUGAUCUUCGAGCAGAACCAAUCCUGCCAGCUGGACACUGGGAGUCCCACAGGGAGCCUCCAGUCUGCGAGUCCCCCCGCCUCGGCGAGUGUGGCAGCAGCCUCUGCAGCGGCCGCAGCGGCAGUGAUCAGCAGCCACCACCACCAUCAUCACCAUCAUGCGCUGAGCGGCAAUCUGGGGCAGCUGGGGCAGCUGAGCAACCUGAGUCACUAUCGGCCCCACAUGGGGCACUAUCAGGAGUACGGCAUCAAGUAUGGCGUCUAAGAAAUGGGAGAGGCAUAUGUGGAUGUGUGGCAUACUCCAAAGUCUAGCUGUUAUCUCUUGUAUAUUCGUGUAAAUAUAUUUCCAAGAACGAUCCACAGCUCUAGAAUGUAUCUCAGUAUCGAAUUUAUUGCAGAAUUUUUUUUUAAUAAAUAUUUUUUUUUUCAAUGUUACACACCUCUAUAAAUCGUAUCGUAUAUACAUAUAAUCGUCUAAAUCGUAAGCAAAGUUUUUUUUUGUAGUUUUAUGCGUACACGUACA